CGAAUCGACGCGCCUGGUGCUGGAGGUGCGACGCGAACCACUCCGAGGACGACUGCCGGCACCGCAAGACCAUAUGCCACAGGUGCGGCACCAAGGGACAUCUGGCGAGGGUGUGCAAGUACAGUCGGCCCAGCCAGCCAGGUGCGUACGCGCUGGCGGACAUCAACACCGAGGAAGAGAGUGGCGAGGAAAUGCUUCACGCCCUGGUGGCUCACAGUACAGCCAACAAAGACACGACGCCGCCGAUAGAGCGGGAUUUGUUAUGGGAAGGCGGGAAGCUGCGAAUGAUUCUGGAUACGGGCUCCCCAGUCAGCGUAAUUCCCGAGAGCGCUUUCAAAAGACACCGUAAACGGUGGCCGGCCCUGGAAACGACCCCCCUACGCUUGUCGUGCUUCCUGGGGCCGCUGCCCGUUGUCGGCAAGAUCACCAUGAGUGUACAGUACGGACAGACGCAGGUGCGCAGCUCGUUGAUUGUGGUGAACUGCCCAGGGCCGCUGCUUUGCGGUAGGAAUACGCUGCGGGCGUUUUACGACGCAGGGGCACCGCUUCUAGAAACUGGGGCACCGCUUGGGGUGAACAUGGUGCAGGCCGGCGCAGAGGGGCAGGACCUACUGGAAGAAUUUGCAGACGUUUUCGAAGAGAAGCUGGGGUGCUGCCAGGGCCCACCAGUAAAGCUGUACAGGAAGGAAGAUGCGCGACCCCGUUUUUGUAAGGCGAGGCCGGUGCCCUACGCGCUUCGCGACAAGGUGUCGGCGGAAAUC